CUUUAAUUCGAAAUUUAUUUCUAUUACUAUUUCCCAGUUUUAAAUUAAAUAUAUCUAUUUAACCGAUAGAACUAUAACAAUGGUUAAUUUAGAACGUUUAAUGACACUUGGCUGAGGGAUGUUGAAGAGAGGUUCUUCUCUUGAUUCAAGCAUUUCCGGUACAUCCGGAAGUGUUCAGAAUGAUAAUUCUCCCCCGUAUUCUUUUUUAGAUCGCAUUUAUUCUUUUUUAAUUUCAAUUUAUGACCUAUUUUGCGUCUGUUUUAAAUGGUUAUAUUCAAAGUCUUUCGGUAUAAUUUGUAUAAUAUUUGUUCUUUUGGAUGUUUUAACGACAGUGUUUUAUAAGAGGUUUAUUGACCAUAGUAAAAACUAUGUAAUGUUUAGUAUUCAGGUGAUAAUCUUUACAUUUUGGGUAUUAAUUUGUUGUAUUGCCCUACUAUGCUUUUUAUUUAACCGCGAAUAUAUGAAACGGCAUUUUAAUGUACGACCGCUGGUUACUCUUGGAUUUCUUGAUAUGUUAUCCACUGGUUUAUCCGCCAAUGGAAGUGCCCACACGAGCGGACUUAUGCUGGUUCUUUUGGGUCAAAUUUCAGUCCCACUUACAAUGGUUUCAUGUAAGCUCAUCUUGUCAAAGAAGUACCACUUCUACCAGUAUAUCAGUUCAGCAAUUAUACUAAUAUUCGCAGUGUUAAAGCCGAUUCUGAACAGGACAGACACUUCCGAUAACAGGUUCUACAACAAUAUGUUAUAUCUAGUAGCAUCAGUUCCAGACUCCAUUGCGUCUGCGCUCAGAGAGAAGCAGUACACUUCUAAAUUCUUCCAUGUAGUAAAAUACCAAUUCUUUGGAUUCCUAUUUCACUUCUUCUAUAACAUACUCUAUACACUUCUAUUCACUCUCCCAUUCACCAGCGUUAAAGAUUACUUCAACUCACUAUAUAACCUGUGCGUAAACGGGUAUAAAUGUAUAUUUUUUGGAGUUAACACUAUAAAGGAAAACUGUGGGCCCACCUUGAUACCAACGUGCGAUAACUGCCUAGAAGCAUUUAAGAUUUACUGCCUAUACAUAAUAUUCAGCUCCGCCAUUAGAGUCGCUUAUGUGUUCAUAAUGCUCGACGGGUCAGUUACCUUUACCCUACUACUGGGCACCGUUAAGGUCCCGCUCACCUCAAUCGCAUUUUCUCUACGCUUUAUUGCAGGGGAUAGUACCACGAGCGUCAACUUCCUUGAUGUGGUUUGCUUCCUAGGAAUUGUCGCAGGACUACUCCUCUACGCCCUUGGGUCAAAGAAAAUCCAGGAAGAAACGGAUCUCCUCCAAUCGCCUUUAAUUGAUGAUGUGGAAUCGGAUCAUGAGUUGCUUUCCACAGGAACUGAACAGCUUAUGAGAUCGGAGACUUGCCAUGAUCUGUUCACUUAGCUACGGCAAGUAAAAUGCUAUUUUUACCCAAAUAGUAAAGGUUUUAUCUGGAAUUUAUGCAAAUUGUAGAGUAUUUCAUUAUCCGAAUUAAGAUAAGCAUUUGUAAAUUAAUCAUUCACAUUUAAUUUUAAAGUAAUAUUUUUAUUUAAAUA